UCUGGUGCAGCGCGUGGUAGUUGUGUCAAAGCAACAAAAUCCAGAGGGUCUUCACAGUGAAAAACGAAGAGAAGGAUUUCGGCGAAGAGGCCUUGAUUGGUGAUAAACUGUACCCUGAGGUCCCGGUGAAAGAACACCACCCCCGGCAGGCUGGCCACAUCCCCUCCCUCCUGCCUCCAUGUAUCCUGAAUCUACCACAGACUCCCCUGCUCGCCUCUCCCUCCGACAGACUGGCUCACCGGGCAUGAUCUACAGCGCUCGUUAUGGGAGCCCCAAACGACAGCUGCAGUUCUACAGAAACCUUGGGAAGUCGGGCCUGCGGGUGUCCUGCCUUGGAUUAGGAACAUGGGUGACGUUCGGUGGACAGAUAACUGAUGAGAUGGCAGAACAGCUGAUGACUCUGGCCUAUGAAAAUGGCAUUAAUCUGUUUGACACAGCGGAGGUCUAUGCUGCUGGGAAGGCAGAGGUGGUGCUCGGAAACAUCAUAAAGAAGAAAGGAUGGAGACGUUCAAGCCUGGUGAUAACAACAAAGAUCUUCUGGGGUGGAAAAGCGGAGACUGAAAGAGGUUUAUCCCGAAAACACAUUAUAGAAGGUUUAAAAGCCUCUCUAGAAAGACUGCAGUUAGACUAUGUGGAUGUGGUUUUUGCCAACAGACCAGACCCUAAUACACCUAUGGAAGAAACGGUUCGAGCUAUGACCCAUGUGAUAAACCAAGGCAUGGCCAUGUACUGGGGAACAUCCCGCUGGAGCCCGAUGGAAAUAAUGGAAGCGUACUCUGUGGCACGACAAUUCAACCAGAUUCCUCCCAUCUGCGAGCAGGCUGAGUACCACAUGUUCCAGAGAGAGAAGGUGGAGGUGCAGCUACCUGAGCUCUUCCAUAAGAUAGGUGUAGGGGCCAUGACGUGGUCACCACUGGCGUGUGGGAUCAUCUCAGGGAAAUACGACGGCAGGGUUCCUCCAUACUCCCGGGCCUCUCUGAAGGGUUACCAGUGGUUGAAGGACAAGAUCUUGAGCGAGGAGGGCCGGCGUCAGCAGGCGAAGUUGAAAGAGCUGCAGGCAAUCGCGGAGCGGCUGGGCUGCACACUGCCCCAACUCGCCAUCGCGUGGUGCCUACGGAACGAGGGAGUGAGCUCUGUCCUUUUAGGGGCGUCCAACACCGACCAGCUGAUGGAGAACAUAGGAGCAAUACAGGUUCUUCCAAAGUUGUCAUCAUCCAUCACACACGAGGUGGACAGCAUCCUGGGGAACAAGCCGUACAGUAAAAAGGACUACCGCUCCUAACGCGCAGCACGGCCCUGCCCGGCAGGGCUGCACCCGGGCUGCAGCCGCAGAGCCCCACCUUUGCCUGAUCCUCUGUUUGCUUGAGCUUUUACUAAGUGAGACCCUGGCGCAUGAGUCUGGCCACACCAAGGCCACCCAGGGCACCUCAUUUAGAAUUACAGGGAUGAGAUAAGGAAAGGGGAAAAAAAAAUACAGUCACCUCCACAGGAAAGGAAGGGAAGAAAGACAAAAGUGGAAGAGAGGUUAGGGAUAUGCGCUCAUACUUAAAUCAGUUAUACAUUCAAUUCAGCUGAACGUAUUUAAAAAAUGUAUAAAAACAAAUACCUUUUAAAAAAAAGUAAAAAAAAAUAAGCACACGCUUGCUUGGCAGCCAGAUUUUUCUUUUUUUCUUUUUUUUUUUCUAAAACUGAAUGCAACUAAAAGGAAGAUUAAGUUCAUACUGUACGAAUAUAUGAAAACUACUCUGUUGCACAUGUACCAUAGCCAUGCAUUUGAUCCUUGGAUGUUCUGUUUACAAACACGUGUGUACUGUACGAGUCCGUCAAGGUUUCUCUGAGAAGACCAUUUGUUUGUGUUGUCGACAUUGUCAGUGUACGAGCCUUCUCGUGGGUUUUAACAAUCAGCACUUUAGUAUUGUCAGUACAGGUGUUGGAGGGUAGUUCUAAGGAGGGGAGAGGAUGGUAUUACGAUAGUCUUAUCUCACAGCCAUUGCACUAUAGAAUCAUAUCUCCUCCUGAUAAUUCCCUCUCCUCCUCAUCCUCCCUUUGUGUCUUCACUGGCAAUACGUUUGACCAGCCUGAUGCUUCGACCCUCCUGCUGUCGUAAGCGUGGCGGUGGCGGCCAAGAUGAGGGGGAAUGAGGCUCCUCCUCCGUCCUGACCAGUGAACCGUCUGUUACGACGAGUCAGGAGCGUAGGCCGAUGUGUCAGGGCAGCUCGUCUGCCACUGAAGAGAUUAGCUACUUAUUCAUCCCUAACGGUCAAAACUGCAGCUGCGUUACGUCUAAUGCGGUGUCGUACUUCACUGUGUCACCCAGCCUCUGCUGUCUGUUUUCAGGCUGAGGAUUUACUGUGCAGGAAGUGGUCAUAUCAGUGCUGGCUCCACAUCUCAUGGAAACCUUUUCUUGAUCAAAGGUUGUUCAAGUAUUUUGCCUUAUUUACAGUUGCAUCAGACUGCACUGUGGGCUUUGGCGUAGACGAGCAGUUAGACAGCUGUCCCUUUUGGCCGACUGGUCUCAUGUCCCCAGUAAAUACUGGAACGCUGACUGGUGGAAGUGUCAUUAGCUGCAAGGAGAAGGCGCUGUGUCCAGCUAAUCCGUGGGUGGCAGCAGCUCAGGGAACAGAGCAGGUGGUUUUAGUCGUGUGGGCCCGUGCACAUGGUCUGGAGGUUGUAUUUACACGUCCGUCUUUCUUCCAUGUGUGGACACUGGGCAGGACCACUUGCAUUUUAGCGUGGCUUGAGCCAAAGAUCUUCUCCUUCUUCAUCUCUCUUUGACGACACAUCCAAGUGUUUCACUCUCACUUCCUGCAAGAUUAUAGAACUCAUCUUGGCGCAUGUGUUGUCCAGCUUGGUAUCUAUCUAUGGUAUGGACUUUACUCCAUAUGUAUAUCUUUUCGAACAUGCUGUUAUACUAGUUAACAAAUAAUAUGUCCUUCAUAUACAGAAUGCAUAAGUACAGCUACUUGCUUUAGGAUUGGUAAGGUUUGUUUCAGGCAACAAUACAACCUGAGACGUGUCAGAAAUAUUACUGCAGCCCUAUAUCAUUCUUUCUCCUUUGGAUGCUCUCUUACUGUGAUUAAAGCACAAGUGGAUAGCAUGUGAUACAUCCUCAAAGCAUGGAGCCUCUUCACCCAGCCUACAGUACCUAUACGGGACAAGCAAGGCGAUGCUACUCCGCUUACUAACGUGUAGGUAACAAAUCUUUACUAAUGGCUAAUAAACUAUUGAUUCUUAGCAGAAAAAUAAACCAGUACGUAUUAAGAAAACUGUCAUAUUAGUGUGAAUGAUAAUCAAAAGAAAUGAACAACUGUGCGGGAUUUGUGCGGUCUGCUUCGUUACUCCUCUUACGUGAUAUUUAACAGAAGCAAAGGGAUUUUUUGUCUCUGCUGUUGAUGUUUUUGUGUGUGCGUGUAUGGGGAGGCAACUAAACUAACCCCUUGCUUUAGACUGUUGUAUUAGUUGAUCCCUGUAUACGUUUGAUUUGCUGUGUCUGUGUUUUCUCAGAAGAGAAGAAAAAAAGAAAAGCAAAGAACAAUUAGUUAAUUUAGUCUGUGGAGUUCCUGUGUCUUAAUAUUGUCAUCUGCAGGGAGUGGGGAGGAAGUUUGAGACUUAACGUUCGUCAUUUUGGGAAAUACGCUUAUUUGCUUUCUUACUGAGAGUUGAAAUAAAAAAGAUUGACUGCUCGAUAUGAAGUAGCGUGAACGCCGGCAGUAGGCAAACUUAGCUUAGCAUGAAGACGGGAAAGGGGGAAACAAAUAGCCUGACCUGAUCUACCUACUGCUCCUCUAAAGCUAACUAAUUAACAUGUUACAUUUGUUUCAUUCAUCCAAAAAAACGUUUGUAUGGUAGAGAAACACUAUUUGAGGGGGGACAGACUUUGACACAAGACCUGUUCAUUUCGCCCGUAUAACUGCAAAUUGACGUAUUUGUGCAGGUUAAACACACAAGAUAUAAAGUUUUAACAAGAGAGCUUCAGAUGCUGGUAGGUGGACUGUGUUACUUUUGUACAGAGCCAGGCUAGCCGUUUCCACAUUCCCAGUCUUCAUGCUUAGCCAAGUUAGCCGGCUGCUGGCAGUAGCUUCAUAAUUAGCAUGCAGACGUUAUCAAUUUUCUCAUCUAACUCUCGGCAAAGAAAGGGAUAAUCACAUUUUCCAAAAUGUCAAACUUGCCCUUUAAAUGUAUUUUGUUUUAACCAUCAGUGUUAUUUCACAUCGUGCUGACCAGCCCAACAAAGAUCUUGUGGUGUUGAAAGGUUUCUGCACAUUGUAGAAAUAAACUGUUUUAAGGCUGUAGUGUAGUUACCUGGUGCCCUCGCCUGUUAAGGAGAAAUUCAUGCUUUAAGAGGUCCUAGUUUCUUCAUAUUUGCUGUUCUAACAUUGUAAUGACAAUUUACAGAAGGUUCUAGGUGAUACAGAGAAUAUAUUUUUAUGUUUUAGCCUUUAAUGCAGUAGAAAGAAUCAAAAUAACUUUUUAUUUUUUUCCAUCAUGCUGCAUUUUUCCUGUCAGUAUUGUAUUGAUUUUGAGAGACAAAAAUUAAGCAAUUUCUUUGUGUACUACUGUAAUGCAUUUUUUGAGGAAUGCUCUGAAGUGAAUGCAAUGGUGGACUGACUUCACUCUGAAGAAGAUGUAGUGAGAGCCUGGUAUCUCCUGUACAUAGUUUGACCUUUGUAUAUACUAUAUUUCUGGUUGUGAUCACCUCUGCCUUUUCUCUUUUCCUUUAUUCAUUUUCUUUGCAGGCGUUGCUAUCUGCACUGUGCUUGAAUCUGAAUUUAGACAGGGUGUACAGCUUAGAUCUUCAAUGAAAAUGAAAUAAUGAUAAAUAAGAAUAGUAAACAAA